UGAUCUAACAACUAAAAAAAACUAAACUCAAAAUAACAUGAAUUAUAAUAAUCGUACAACAUUUGCGCAUUUGCGGCACUAAACCAUCAGACGUUAUGCAGCACUUGUUCUGCAUUUGUGUUCGGCUCGCGCAGCACGUGUGUUGUGCACGUUGCGGUGUUAUUUAAAUUAUUUCAGCAUUUUUCAAUAAUAUUUACAAUGGCAUCGAUUGAAAAGAGUUUUCCGCGUGGCGGAAUUGCAAAUCUGCAAACAAAUAACGAAAAUAUUACAUCAAAUAUUGUUUUUGGUGCGUCGCAAAUAAAAGCAAAGAAAGUGCCAAAGUCAAAGGAUAGUCAACUGAGAGACGAGGAUGCCGAGCAGGAUGAACAACAACUGCAAGCCUUCUCUGCAGAACCGCUCACACUCGAUACCCUGCAGGAGCAAAUGCUGAUCAUGGGCAUUGUUACGGACACGAGCGCCACUGCAGUGAAAAUUGCAUUGCCAGGUCGAUUGGCGGCACGUGCUUUGGUCGCAGACGUUUCUGCAGCCUAUGGACGUGUACUGCAGUCCUUUAUGGAGGGCGACAGCAGCGAAUAUCACGAGUUGAGCCAACUGUUUCAACCCGGGCGCAUUGUCUAUGGACGCGCAGUGAAAACCACUGAUGGUACGUAUAGCAAUCGUGUAUCGCUGUUGCUCAAUCUCAAGCCGGCUGAGGUGAAUAGCAACUUAAAGCAUAACAGCAUCAAGAAGGGCUUUAUCUUCUCGGGCGCCAUUCAGGAAAUUCAAGAUCACGGUUAUGUGAUUGAGACAGGCAUUGAGGGAUUGAACGCUUUUGUACCUAAUGCAAACAUCACACAACAGCACUUGGGACAGUUGAUCUUUCUGAAAGUCAAGCAAAUUCAGCACAAUGCCGAUCAAAGCACCUGUCAAUGUGAGCAGCUGGAACAGGACAAUCUAAAGAUAAAGAGCAAGAACGAAACUAAUCUCGACUAUAUUAUGCCUGGCAGCAUUGUCAAAUUUAAAUUUACAAAGCAGCACAAGAACGGACUGGAGGGAAACAUCAUGAAUGAGGCAUUUAGGGCUUUUGUGAAUGAGCAUCACUUGGCCGAACCGUUACAUACGUCGGAUGAUUAUGAAGUAAACUCUGAGUACGAGGCACGCGUGCUCUAUGUGAUGCCGCUGACCAAGCUGGUCUACCUUACCCUUAAUCUGGACAUCAAAAAGCCCAUCGGGGAAGGCGAUGAAGAGACACUUAUCAAGGGAAGGAUUGUAGAGAAGGCACGCGUGCUGCGACAUGGCACCGGUGGCAUUAUUUUGUUGCUCAACCAGAAGUACAAGGGACUCAUUUCAUACACCUCUCUUAAAUCGAGCUUCAAAGGUAACUACGAUCAGGAUGCCGUGCUCUCGAAGUACACGCGCAAGAGUAAGCACACCGUUCGUGUGCUGGGUUACGAUGCCAUUGAGGGACUUUACUACUGCAGUGAUGAUCCCAAUGUGCUCCGUGAGAAGCUGUACACACUUGAGGAUCUGCAUGCUGGGGACAUUGUUUCGGCGCGAAUUGUCAAGUCGGAGUCAAAGAUUGGCGGCUACGCCGUCAAGCUAGGCAAAGUAAACGGCAUAAUUGAGCAGCUGCAUCUUGCACCAAACACACAGUACGAGUUGGGACAAAAUUUGCGCUGUCGCGUGAUCGAUAUAUCGCUAGAGCGCAAGCUGUGCUAUUUGAGCAAUCGCAGCGAAUAUCUGAGCAAGGGUGUCAAGCUACUUACAUCGCUGGACGCGGCGCAGACGGGAAAACUCUUCACUGGCAGUGUCGUCAAGUGUGAGCCCAACUAUGUUCUAGUGAAGUUCUGUAGUGGCAUCAAGGGUAUGCUCUACAAACAGCACUUGGCUGCUGGACUGAUUGAACACAACUUUAACGAGGGUCAAGCCCUCAAAUUUCGAAUUACUGGACGCAAUAAUGAACAGGUCCUCCUUUCGCUGCCCGAGGACAAAUUCCAACCUGGUGAAAUCUGUCCCUCUGAAGUAACAAAUUCUUUGGAUUCCGGACUGGAAAUUAAAAUCACUUGCCUUGCCGAUGAGGACAAAGAUGACGAGGAUGCCAUCGAAGAGUUCGUGGGUCUGGUACCAUUGCAUCUACUCUCGGACUAUGUGGAUCUGCAGAUUCCACAGAAACGCACAUAUUCCGUUGGCAAGCAAAUAGAGGUCGCUUGCGUGCUGCAAAACAUUUUCAGCUAUCGUGAUGUUGCCUAUUUCUCAGAGAAUCUUACCAAGGAGUGGCAAACCGUACAGGUGGGUGACAUUUUGCGUUCCCAAGUGAAAAACAUCAACAAUGAGGUGGUCGAUCUGCUGCUUCCCGUGCGCAACUACAAUAAAUUGGUCAAGAUUCACAUCAAAAUGCUGUGUCUGAACACUGUGCGUGGUGUGCCCGUCGUGCUGCAGCCAGAUCAGCUUCUUUACGUCAAGAUAAUCAGCAAGGAGCUGGAGACCAAGACGUUGACGGUGUCUGCCAAACUGACAGAUGUGUGGACUGGUCAACUGUCCGACACGGCUCAAAUGGUAGAAAACUAUCUUAAAGAAGUGGCGGAGAUUAAGAACAAGCUGAAACGAAUGACCGCACCAAUUGCCAAGUUUAACGUGGGAGACUCGAUCAAUGUGUGCUUCCAGGGACUCGAUCAGUCCACCAAUGAUUGGGUAUAUAAUGCGGUUGGCACCAGAAACAUUUCCGCCGUGAUGCCUGCCAGCGUGGCUGGAACAGUUACUGCGCCUGCGUUGGGCACUAUCGAACAGGCCGUCAUCUUGUGGAUUGAUUAUACAAAUGAUUUGCUGCUGGUCAGCAACAAGACGUGGGACAUUCAGCACGUGAUUAACAGCAACGAGUUGCCAUUGAAUUUGGUCGCCAAAGCGGGCAUGAGGGCCAAGGUUCUGUUAAGAUUGGACAGUAUUGUCUUGUGCACACUAAAGAAAGGUGGAAAGAAUCCAUUAGUGUUUUGCCCAGUACGUUUGCAUCCCAAUGAUGUUCAGGAGUCCGCGAGUGCUAAUUUGCGACAGGGUGAUUUCUUUAAUCUGGCAUUUAUACACGAUAAACUACCCAUUGCCGUGCCUGAGACCGUGUGGAAGCUAUGGAAGAGCGUCAAACGUGCUGCCAAUAUGGAAGAGGUGCCAGUCAAGUCCAAGAAAAUCAAAGUUGAGUCCAACGCAAAGAAGGAACUGGAAGUCAAUGGCAAGCCAAUUAAACUAGAGAAAAAGAAACAACAGCAGGAAGUCAAUGGCAAGAAAACCAAACCCACAGUGGAAAAUGGCAAGAAAACAAAUGGUCAACUCUUCUUUGAGGACAAGGAACCUUCCAAGAAAGAUACGAAUAAAUCCAAUGCUGCGGAUGAAGCGAUUUCCAAGGCACGUCUGCCAGGUGUAUCCAGCUUCUGGGAUGCAGACCUUGGCGCUUUAAAUGGUAAGCCUCAAGAGGUCGCAUCCAGCGACGAGGAUGACGACGAUGUAGCUGCAGCGAACGAGGCAAAUUCCAGCAAAAAGAGACGCCUUAACGCCAAGGAGAAGGCCAAGGCUGAGGUAAAGGAGGAGCAGCGUUUACGUGAGAUCGAAGACCGCAACGCAGAUCCCAAUCAACGUCCCGAAACCAUAGAUCAAUUCGAGCGUCUGGUUUUGGCCGAACCCAACAGUAGCAAAUCCUGGAUACAGUACAUGAGCUUCCUGCUCUCCAACACAGAGAUUGACAAGGCUCGCGAAAUCGCACGUCGUGCUAUCAAAACAAUAACUUUCCGGGAGACAAAAGAGCUACGGAACAUGUGGACAGCCCUGCUCAAUUUGGAGCUCAGCUACAACUCAUCCAAUUUCGAUGACGUGCUCAAAGAAGCACUUAGCCACAACGAUCCGUUGGAAACGUACCUAAACGUAGUCGAAGUGCUCAAAUCACACAACCUCAAGGAGCGUCUCAUCAACACCUUAAAUCUGGUCAUGCGGAAGUUCCGGACGGAGUUGCAAGUAUGGCGUGUUGCUGCAGAUACAUAUUUCUGGCUAAACAUGGCCGAUCGAGUGCAGCCAACACUACAGCGUGCCUUGGGCGUUCUACCCAAGAAUGAACACAUCACUUGCAUUGUGGCGUUUGCUAAGAUAUACGCAGACCAUGGGGACAACGCCAUGGCCCAAACUCUGCUCGAUGACAUUGUAACCUCGUAUCCCAAGCGCAUUGACAUUUGGAAUCUUUACGUGGACUUGCUGGUUAAGUGCAGUCUCAUCGAUUCCGCAAGGAAUGUACUAGAGCGGGCUGUGCUGCAAAAGUUACCACCAAAUAAGAUGCUUGUCAUUUACAAAAAGUAUCUGGAAUUUGAGCAGAAGCAUGGCACCGAAGCGAAUGCUUCAAGGGUGAAAAAGCUGGCUGAGGAAUACGUGAAAAGCCAGAAUAAAACACCUCAGUGAGCAACUAA